GACCUGUUCAGUUUCUACUUCCUGUCUCAAACCUCUGACAGUCCUCUCCAAACCCUCCCUUCUCUCUCCAAAAUGUCUGAUGGAGGCAUAACGGUACUAGACGGGAACACUCUAAGAUCGCUCCAUGUGUCUUUACCAGAAGACACCCUCACGCUAACCGGAGUUCAGGUCCUCGAUUUUGCAGAAUCUGAAGCCUCUCAGUCGCUCUUAGGCAUCUCAUUGCCUCCACACCUCAAGUCUUCCGCUCUUCGUCGCAUGAACAUCGACGGCGUUGACGAUGUCACCAGUUUCCAACUUACAGAACUCAGUCGAGAACAAGCUUCAAGGAAGCUCAGCGACUACCUCUCUGCCAUCGCUGAUGAGCUCAAAGAUAAUCCAUUAGUGGUGUCGAUUUUGGAUGGGAAUGCAUUGCGGAUGUUUUUGGAGGAUGAAGAUGAUUUUGCUAUGAUAGCAGAGAAUUUAUUCACUGAUUUGGAUACAGAAGAUAAAGGGAAGAUUGGCAAGAGUGAGAUAAGAAAUGCAGUUGUUCAUAUGGGAGUUGAAAUGGGUGUCCCUCCUCUUGAAGAAUUCCCUUUGCUGAAUGACAUUUUAAAGAAGCAUGGAGUAGAGGAGGAAGGGGAAUUGGGCCAAUCACAAUUUGCCGAGUUACUUCAGCCUAUUAUACAGGAACUUGCAGAUGCUUUGGCUAAAAAGCAUGUUGCUGUCAUCCAUAAAAUCAAGAUAGUUAAUGGUUCUGAGAUAAGAAAGGUUUUGGCCGACGAGAAGAAAUUGAAUGAUGCCAUAGCAAAGGCAUUGCAGGGAAAACACAAGAGUGACCAAAAGAGUACAGAGAUAAUCAGGGAUUUCCUGGAGAAAAAUGGAAAAGAACUGGGCUUGCCACCAUCUGAAGCCAAUGAAGCAGUGAUUCUACUUUAUGAUGCUGUAUUUACUGACGUGGACAGUGGAAGGGAUGCUUCUAUAGAGGAGGAUGAAUUUAGGAAACUUGUGAGGGAAAUUCUUGAGAAAUUUGCCGAGCAGCUCCAGGCCAAUCCUGUCUACUGUGAUCUUGAUGGUUGAGAGAGAGUCAGUUUGGGAUCGCAUUUCAAAUCUUUUGACCAGUAGAAACGGAUGUUUGUGCAGUAUCAUAUUAUCACCCCCUUGCAUUUUACUAUCCAUGUAUGUCGAUUAUGUUUUACAGUCUACAUGAAUAUCAUACACGCAUUGUAACACCAGUUCUCUAUCUUGGUGCUAGUAUAUCUAUACAAUGCUUUGAUGUGAUCGCACUA